AUGGGUCUUGCGUACAACGUCUACCUCAAUUCUGCUAAAAUAUUUGGCUGCAAGAACUGCAAAACGCACCUCGCCGACUUCGACGACAUCAUUUCGCGAAAUUUCCGAGGCCAACAUGGAAAAGCCUUCCUGUUCUCCACCGUUGUCAAUAUCAAGCAGGCCGAAGCCAUGGAACGCAACAUGACCACUGGUAGACACAUUGUGAGGGAUAUCAAGUGCAAGCAGUGCGAUGAGACGGUGGGUUGGAAAUAUGACAAGGCAUACGAGGCUGCCGAAAAGUACAAGGAGGGAAAAUUCAUACUGGAAAGCGAGUUGCUCUGCACGGUGACUUGA